ACACACGCCAGGUAAAAUGGCGUUCUAACACAAACAUUUUGUUUAGCAUUUCUUCCACAAGGCCGGACAGAAUGGCUCCGAAGCGGUCAAGAAACUCAGUCAAAGUCCGACACCAAGAAGAGUUGAGCAGGGAAUUACGAAAACGCAAAAUUACUCUCUUCAUUCAGCAAGUUGAGAAAGAAGCACAAGAGCGAAUGUACGAACUGGUGAGCAGACUGGACAACUUGUUGGCAAAUAUCGACAGAGUGUUCAGCGUGGAGCUGAUGAAGUUUCCGCCCUCAAUUCGAAAGAUGCGCGUUGGGGAUUCUUUGACUGAAGAAAUGUCAGCCAGCGAGGUGUCAUUAGCCGUGUGGGAGCAGGAGUCUCCCGAGAUGAAGUGGCGGACCCUCGAGAGGGUGCCCAGCACAAGAGGAAAAUCAGUUGAUCCCGUCUUGGUUCAACCCUAUUCGACUGGAAGGAACUCUCGCAAGACAACAGCCAAGGCGGACAAAGGAGCAAACAAAAGCCGGCCUUCAACCGGCAGCAUCAGCGCGGGAAAUCUGGGGGCUUUGGCGAGCGCCUCGAAAGGACGCCGCUGGACGAAGCCCUGCGACGAGGCCGUGCCGUCCAAACGGAAACUCAGGUCCGUGUUCUCCACGGGGGACUUGGACUGCUCAGUGGCCGGAUCCUCCGCACACAUCACUGUAACCACAGGACGGGGACAGACCAUGUGCUUUUCUGAAGAAACCAAGGACAAAAUCGACUACAACUUGUUGGAUGACGUGGCCUUGGGUCAAGUGCAGAAACUUUCGGCUCAAGCAGGCCGUCGUCACCAUCGUCGCCAUCAGGAGCAGGCUGGGCCCGCCGUGGAGAGGCCCGGCUGAACUGUGCAGGUCACGUCCGCACAAGGCGUGUUCCAGAAGCACAUGAGUCUCUGCGCUCACCGCUAAUUGGAAAAGUAGAACAACAACAAAAACAAUAAUAAUAAUAAUAAUAAUAUUGCUGCUGAUGAUGGGAUACACACCCAGCUGUGACCACUCUUCCCAGAGAUGCUGGAAGGCUUCGCUGUGGUGCUCGUGAUGUGUCGGGUCUACAAACACACAAGAGCUGAAUGAAAAAGUAUGCGUGCAAUGCGGAUGAAUUGAAAAUUGAAUAAGAUUUUGGGGUAAUAUUAAUAAUCAAAAAUUCAAUGAAGACAGGGAGAGAUAAGAUAUUUUGAAAAAUAAAAAAAAAAUUCGGCUAAUAAAGGAUAAAAACUGGAAGAGUAAAUAAAAAGUAAAAUAAUGAAAAAUUAAUACAACAUAAAUGCAUUUCAAUUUUAAUAAAUAUAUAUAUAUAUGAUAAUGAAUAUGUACGAUAAUUACAAAAUGUUUGAAUAUACUAAACAAGACUAAACACAUUUUUUUCAUGUAUAUUAAUUUAGCUAAAAACAAAAAGAGCUCCUUGCACAUGAUAAAAUAUUUGAUUAAAAAUACUUCAAUUAUUAAAAAAUUAUCAUAGUACAGGAAGACAACUAAAAUACAAAUAAAUUCAAUAAAUACAAUAAAAAUAAAAUGCAUUUGUAUUUUAAUUGAAAUUGUGCGGCUUUUAGGAUAUUUAUGAAUGUUAAAAUGCUGAGAAUGAAAUAAAAAUGUAAAAUUAAAGAAAUAUAAAAAUGGAAAUACCAUAAAGUAAAGAGGACUGCGCUUGAUGCAGUUAAUUCUGCGAAUUUAAGGAUAUUAAUAAUUGUUAACUUAGGACAAAGUAAAAUAAAAAACAAAUACAAUAUUUUUUAAAAACAAAUAAACUCGUAAAAUAAAGACAACCAAGCUUGAACACAUUAUUAAAUUGUGUGGAUUAUAGGAUCAUGGCAAUAAAUGUUGGCAGCCAGGGAGGAUUACAGACAGACAUGAAUAGGAAAUGAAAAAUGGACACCAAAUAUGAAACCAUUGUGGACUCGGUUUUCACAAAUUGACAAAAAAAGCCUCUUCCGUCAUUCCUUCCAAAUCAAAAACAAAUUAUUCUUCAAAAUGCUCCUCGUAGGAACAUUAAAGAGCAAGCGGCGCUACCGUCGGAGUGAUGCCAGAGCAUGCGUCGGAGCUUCCCGAGGGCUUGCGUGAGGUUCUCCAGCCGGUCGUGGAGGCGUAUGUUCUCCUCGAUGAGCUCGUGGAUGGUGUCCUGCAGCUCAAAGGCGUCUCCCGGCAGAAGCACCAGCAGCACUGGCACGCUGACGAGGGCAAGCGACACCGACGCAGGCCCCGGCGGUGUCAUGGCGAGCGACAUGCAGGAACGCGACUCCAAGAGAUUUGUUUGCCGCGAUUGAUUUGUGCACCGCGUUUUAACACAGAAGGGAGGAGGGGAAGCUUUACUUUCCAGUGUGAUGGAUGGAAAGCUGCCUGCGGGAGUGUUGCAAAAAUCCAUGCCACCAUUGUACGUGUGCACACAGGCGGGAAGCUGACGUGUACACGGAAGCAGUGUUUUCCAACUUGUGUCGAGCCAAGGUGAGUAUUUGACAUUUGCAAAAUCUCAAAGCACAUUUCUUUUUGGGACGUUUUGGCAACACUGGCUAAUAGAGCAUUUACCUGUUCGGUUGCUAUACACACUAGAAUAGGUGGAUGAAAAAAAGCUACAUAUGUAAUGAAUGAUUUUUGAAUGACGAAUGACAUUUGAUCAUCUUUAGCUUUCACCAAAAGAAAAAAAAGUACAUGAAACCAAACUUUUUCCAAACAAAAAGCUUUUAUUUUGAAUUAUACCGGCUCUGCAUUUAUGCGGUCUUGGCAGCCCUGGUGCGCUUCUUCUUGACCACUACGGGCUUCUGGCUCUUCAGGAUGGCGCUGGCACGGCGCAGGGAGGCCUGAAGACAUGACAACAAAUAAUAAGCUCCUGGUGAAAACAUUUUUUUAAAUAAAGAGCAACGCUGACCAUGCACAGGUCCUUCCUAUAGUUGUUCUUGCGAAUGAUGUGCCUCAGGCUGUUGAGAGUGGCGCGGGAGUUCUUGUUGAUGGUGAUCUUG